AUGGAUAAGGACAUUGUUCUUCAGACGGGCCUCCCACCUACGAUUUCAGAUGACAAUUGCGAUCUGACUCUUCCACCCGGCUAUUUAGAUCGCGCAUUCGUUGAUCCAGAGAGCAAGGAGUUAACUUUCAAAGGGCCGGUCUUUCCAUUUGACCUCCGUUUAAGCAUCAUUAAGUCUCGAGCAUACGACACCCUUUACUCAGUGGCCUCUCGGAAAAAGUCAGAUGCGGAAAUCCUCAAGUCAAUCCGAGAGUUGGAUGACGAGCUAGAAGAGUGGCGCCUUUCCAUCCCACUGGAAUGGCGACCGACGAGUUCCUUCACACAUAAGUCCUCGGAUCCCAAUGUCUGCAUGUUCCCAGUCAUGCUACGCCUAAAUUACUACUUGUGCAAGUCCAUCGUUCACCAGGCGAGCAUUCGCUGCAAGAGAUGGAUCAGGGAGAGCUUGCUAGUGGACGGAGUGAAUUCCAGUCUCGCGAUAUCCAUUGAAGCAAGUCGGUCUACACUUUGCUAUCUCGAAGCCGCAGAACAUGUAUUGAAAGCUGAUUUCCUAUGUAUCCUCCAAGCGCCCCUCGACCUGCAUACGCGCAGCGAUAUACAUCUUCUACAGGUGAUCACGGCUAUCAUGGGGAAGAAUCUUUCGCACAGGACUGCUAGGAGUGAGGUCAUUCGCUUCAAAUUGGCAUCUGCAUUGAUGUCGGAGCUGAAGCAACUUGCGGAGUGCGCGAUUGAGAAGGCAUGCCGUGAAAGCCCUGCCCAGUUAGCAUAUACACCUUAUAGCAAUUAG